GGAAAUAGAACACGUUCGCCUUUCUGCACCUGCUCAGCACAUCCGCGCCAUAUUCUCAUCCUCGCUUCCAGUAGUGACGCUAUCAGCUUAGCAAACCGGUUUCUUUAUUUCCAGCCCGUUCCUGCUACGCACGAAGUCAUCGCCGAACGGGGGUGAAGCUGUCGCCGACCACCGAGAACGCCAGCUAGCCAUCCCAGCCAGCUUUACGGGCCACAGCUUUGUUGACAUCUGAUCCGCCGCAUGCCGAAUAUUAUGGGCGCACAACGAGCCAGAGUCAUAUGAAUAGUCAGCAGUGUACACGCCCUGCAAUCUCUUCCAUGUGCACCGGAUUAUGGCUGGAAUAGAGCAGAUCAUUGUGCACUCCAAGAGCUACGUCGUACGCUGGAUUCAGGUACCGGAGCAACAUUCGAUCUCGUGGUCCAUACAACCCAACAAAAAGAGCAUCAACUUCGGCAUCUUCAAGCACCCAGGCACACGAAAUGGCAGCCUACCGAGCGAGGAGAUCGUCGAGAACAAUGCGAAGGACAUCCCAACUACACCCGCCCUCGAUGGAGUAGAGAGGCCGAAGCAGGUGCCGCGCCGCCCUUCAGUCACAGAGGGCAAGGGGGACGUGGUGGAAAAGCUGCACAAUGUGGGAAUCAAGUCUGUGGCAUGGGCUGGAAGAUGUGAGGCGGACAAAGUAGCCAUGGGCCGCUACGACGUGCCAGGCGGAGAAGGAGGAGCAUAUGGCCUGGUUUUCGACAACACUUUCUCGAAACAGACAUCGAAGCAGGUCACGCUCGUGCUCAUGACCCAUCCUACCAACUCGCCGCCGAAGUCAGGACACCACCUCCACUAUUCGCAGGCGUUUUCAAGCAACAGCGGUAAUACCGUCAGUGGCAAGAGCAGCAGUCCUUCACUAAGACCCGCGAACGAUUCGAGCGACUCUCUGGCAUCAAAUCUGCAUCGUGCAGUGUUGGAAGAUCCGAGACCACAUUCGAAAGGCGGAGUAGAGACAAAGGGCAUCGAGGGAACCACAUUCUACACCGGCACACUUUACAAGAAGAGGCGAAAGAAGGGUCAGGGAUAUGCCAAGCGAUUCUUCUCGCUGGACUUCACAAGCUCGACGCUUUCAUACUAUAGAAAUCGGCAUUCUUCUGCGCUGCGUGGUGCGGUGCCUCUCUCACUGUGCGCAGUCGGCGUGGAUGAGAACACAAAGGAGUUCUCAGUCGACUCUGGUGCAGAAGUAUGGCAUCUCAAGGCGCUGAACAAAAAGGACUACGAGGGUUGGAGGGAUGCCUUGGAUCGAGCAUCGCGUACAGCAGUGACGACUCCAGGUCCAGGGACGCCAUUGAAGAACUUCAAAGACCUCCCGAUGCCAAGGAGUCCCAAUCCUGAAGAGGAACGCGAGUGGGCACGCGUGGAGCAAUUGGUUAGCAAGGUGUCUGGUACACGCGAUGCCGUCAGAGGUUUGGCGAAGGACACCGAUCCGAAAUACACAUCUGGAUCCGGAGGUAAUGGCCUUGGAUUGACCACAUCUGCCAGUAGUAGCAACAACGGCAGUCCUUUGUCAUACGACUCGGCCAACCAAUACUUCCCUGAGGUUGACGAGAAGAGAGACAGCAAGCGGCCAUUCUGGAAGCGACAAUCAAGCGUAGAGCGCAACUCAACUGCUCUGUUCCGCAGAAGCGUAUCCGCGCAGCUGGCGGUACCAUCGCCCAGCACAGCAGGAGCCAGCUCCCCUCAGCCAGGUGGCUUGAGUGUACGAAAGCGUCCGAGUGGACAGAAUCUCGAAGCCUCGAAUCAAAUGGCAGAUGCUGAUGUCCACGAACGUUGCAUAGCGCUUCUUCAGGAUCUGAACAAAGUCGUGUCAGAGUUCUCCGACUUGAUCGCGCAAAGCAAGACGCGAAGGCAGCCGCCAGUGCCAACAGCAAACUCAAGACUGUCACUGGAUUCGAUCGAUGAUCAAGAGUUCUUUGACGCGACCGAUGGAGGCGAGAACCCGUCACAGCUGCUUAACAUACGGCGUUCCAGCGAUCUCACUAAACAGAACGAGGAAGAGGAUCUUUUCGAUGAUCGUUCCGAGGCAGAUUCUGACACUAGUAGUGAUGCUGGUGAACGACCUGCGGGAUCGGUACUUUUUUCCGCGGCAGGAAAGAGCGCAGAGUCAGCAUUGUAUCCGAAAGUACCGGACAAGCUGCCACCGUUGCCGUUACCGCGGGUCAAGCGACGAACCACUGUUACUGGACCGAAGCAGCCCCCUCCGAGCAUCAUUGGAUUCUUGAGGAAGAAUGCAGGCAAGGAUCUCAGUCAAGUCGCUAUGCCCGUCACAGCCAAUGAGCCGACUUCUCUGCUUCAGCGUUUGGCCGAGAGUGUUGAAUAUUCUCAGCUGCUCGAUGCAGCAGCAGGAGCCAGCACGCCCACGGAGCGCUUGAUGUACGUUUCGGCAUUCGCGGUAUCAUUCUUCUCCUACAAUCGUGUAAAAGAGCGGGCACUACGCAAGCCGUUCAACCCCAUGCUUGGAGAAACAUUCGAACUUGUACGAGAAGACUUGGGUUUCCGCUUCGUUGCCGAGAAAGUCAGCCAUCAUCCUGUUCGCAUGGCGUGCCAGGCCGAAAGCCUCGCGAAUGGAGGCUGGUGCUACGCACAGUCGCCAAAGCCGGAGCAGAAAUUCUGGGGCAAGUCAGUCGAACUCAACAACGAUGGCAGAGCACGAGUGGUGCUGCAUGCUUCCGGCGAGAGGUUCUCGUGGAAUCAAGCAACGUGCUUCUUGCGCAACGUUAUCGCCGGCGAGAAGUAUGUCGAGCCAGUGCAAACGAUGACUAUCCAAAGCGAGACCAAUGGUAUGCGUGCUGUGGUGUCCUUCAAGGCAGGCGGCAUGUUUUCCGGACGCAGCGAGGAUGUCACCGUUCAGAUUUUCGAAGGCGAAACCCCAACCGGCGUGGAGCUUGUAGGAAAGUGGACCGACAGCCUGAAGCGAACAGACACAGACGAGACGAUCUUCAAAGUCGGCUCUUUGGUGCCUAACGCAGCCAAGGUCUAUGGAUACACCAGCUUCGCAGCAGCUCUCAACGAGAUUACCGAAGUCGAGGCCAAUCACUUGCCGCCGACCGAUUCUCGUCUUCGACCAGAUCAGCAGGCACUGGAAGCUGGAGACGUGGACAAGGCCGAAGGAUUGAAGGCACGUCUGGAAGAGAGGCAACGCGCUCGGAGGAAGGUUUUGGAAAGUCAUGGACAGACAUGGAAGCCACAAUUCUUCGAGAAAGUCGCCAAUGUCGACGGCGACGAGGAAGUGUGGAUGUUGAAACAAACUGGAGGAUAUUGGGAUAAGCGGGCUGCUGGUGAUUGGAGUGGCGUACAGGAGGUGUUUGAGACGUGAGCCGGGUGCCGCGUUGACCUUUUUGGAGGAGAUACCCGACUAUGUGUGUACGAUAUAUGUGGUACUACGAGAGCGCAGACAUGGUUACUGUGUUCGAUAGCAUGAGCGAGAAAGUGAUUCGAUGGAUUACCGAC